UGGCUAUUACAGGAGGGGGUUAGGAGCCCUCCCUCAGCCUGUGGUCUGCACAGAUCGCACGGGGUCUGUGUUACAAGCCGCAGCGGAGGUGGAGGGGUGGGACCUGUGAUUUGCCGAGCAGCAUCAGCAGCACUCUGAUGGUUCAGUGCGCGCGGUGAGGAGCAGGGAGGGUGCAGAGGAGGGAGAGACCGACAGAAACACAGUGAUGCGGUGACACAUGGCUGACUGUACCGCCUGCACGCUCUGACUGCGGCUCCCACUUUUCAUUCAUCGGGGAACAGCAGAGGCUGGACACUGGGAUGCUGAGAGAUGCUGCUGGGAGUCUGAAGGCUGCUGCAACCGCCGAGCAGGAUCAAGCACAGACAAACAAGCCCUGAGAAGACCGAGGACCAUACACUGCUGAUUGGACAGCCUGCUGACCAUAUUGCCUCUUUCUGUGCCUUAGGGUUUUUUAUCCCUGCCGAGCCGCCGUAGCGAUGGGAGAUAACGUGUCCAAGCGACUGAAGCUGAUCUCGGCUACAGAGGCAGAGAUGGAGGAGCGAUCCUUUCCAAACCCCUACCCUGACUGGGACCAGGGAGUCCUCACCUCAAACUCCGGAGCAGACGUAGAUUACAACGAGCCGUUUGAUGCCGAAGGGAAGGUGAGUGCAGCUUUCCAGAAGAAGGUCCAGAAUAAGAUUAAAGAUCUCCUCCAGCAGAUAGAGGAGGGCCUGAAAACAGCUGACCCCCAUGAUUUUUCUACCUACACCGGCUGGGCAGGUAUUGCCUUGCUGCACCUCCAGCUGCACCGGGUGUCCCAUGAGGCCUCUCACCUGCAGAGGGCACUGGACUAUGUGAAGAGGACCAUGAGGAUCCUGAAUGGUCGUAAAGUGACAUUUCUUUGUGGUGACGCAGGGCCGCUUGCAGUGGGUGCAGUGGUCCACCACAAGCUGAACAACACUGCUGACAGCAAAGACUGUCUAUCCAGGCUCCUACAGCUGCAGCGCUCAGUGCUGAGUCCAGACUCUGAGAUGCCAGACGAGCUGCUUUACGGCCGGGCCGGCUACCUUUACGCCCUACUCUACGUUAACAGAGAGAUCGGAGUUAACACGGUGGAUGAGGGCACUAUUACAAAGGUGGUGAUGGCCAUCUUGGAAUCAGGGAAGACUAUGUCAGCAGAGCAGAAAAAGACAGAUCGCUGCCCUCUGCUCUAUGAAUGGCACAAGAAGCAGUACAUUGGUGCUGCUCACGGCAUGGCUGGCAUUUAUUACAUGCUCAUGCAGCCAGGGGCAAAGGUCGACUCAGACAUUCUUUCAGAGUUGGUCCGUCCCAGCAUCGACUACAUCCGCCACAAGAAGUUUCGUUCGGGGAACUUCCCAUCAUCACUGAGUAAUGAGAGUGACCGGCUGGUUCACUGGUGCCAUGGAGCCCCCGGUGUCAUCCAUAUGCUUAUCAUGGCUCAUAAGGUCUUUAAAGAGGAGAAGUACUUGAAGGAUGCGGCAGAAUGUGCUGAUGUGAUCUGGCAUCGGGGCCUGCUGAGAAAAGGCUAUGGUAUCUGCCACGGCACAGCUGGCAAUGGCUACGCUUUCCUGUCCCUUUACAAGCUUACCCAAGAAAAGAAAUAUCUGUACCGAGCCUGCAAGUUUGCUGAGUGGUGUCUGGCCUAUGGAACCCAUGGCUGUCGCAUUCCAGACAGACCCUACUCUCUUUUUGAAGGUAUGGCAGGGGCCAUCUACUACCUAUCGGAGAUUGCAAACCCUGAGGCGUCCUGUUUCCCUGCCUUUGAGCUUUAACCUGCCAAUUGAUGGGACUGAGGAUGAUGAGGAGCAAUGGGGACUAAACUUUUGGAAUUAGCUGAGGUUGUGCUUGAGCACUGGACAAGGAUCUGCAAGCUUUAACUUUGGUCAUGAGAAAGUGGGGACAAAAUUAAAGUGAAAAUGAAGAUCAGGCUGGAAUUAUGCAGAGAGAGUGCAAUUGAUUGUUUGUUGGCGUAAACAUAGGGUUUGCCUUAUGAAAUUUUAAAAAAUCAACAAUUUAAAGGGGCAGUUAUGUUACCAAAUGGUUGAAUGUUGAUCCAGUGGGAAAAAAAGGACAAGGUGAACUGAAGAGGACGAUGUUGAUGAAUGUUUCACUCCCUGAAGACGGACACAUUCUGUGGGGUUUAUUUUAGAAACACUGUCAAAUAUUGUGAGUCCUUCAGCUCUGAGGUCCCCUGUCAUCCUCCAGUGUGUUGGGGCGAAGAAGUGGACCCCAUGUCUUGUCUUCUCCUCACCAAUUACCCAUUGAAAUUUGUUGCCAGCUGGUAUGGACACACACUCUGCGCCCUCAGCCUUUAAUAUAUUUGCACCUAGGCCGUGUGUGUGUGUGUGUGUGUGUGUGUGUGUGUGUGUGUGUGUGUGUGUGUGUGUGUGUGUGUGUGUGUGUGUGUGUGUGUGUGUGUGUGUGCGUGUGCGUGUGCGUGUGCGCGCGCUAAACUAAGGCUGUUUUGGUAUUUCUAUGCCUCUGCAUGCUCACUGUUAUUGGUGCCUCAUAUCCCGUCAGUGUAGUGCUUUCUUCUUCCUCUAGUCGUAGGUGUGUGACAAAUAGUGAGUUAAAGUAAGUUUCUCUUUCUUACUUUAAUUCAUUUUCUUUUAGCAUAGUAGAGUAUAAACUAUUAUGAUACUACAGCUAUUGUGCUUUCUUUUUAUUUUUUAUUUUUUAAGACGAUUUUUGGAUGAAGUCUCUGGGAGAGCGUUUUCCAGCUGUUGAUUUACAUCUUAGUGUGGUGUUGCUAAGUGACUGUCAAUUUCCAUGGUGUACCACUGACCAGAUUGUGUCAUAUUGUAUAGGAUUUGAAUAUUGAUACAAAGCCUUUGUUUUCCCCUUUUUGUACAUGUCUACAUAGCAUUACCUCCUGUAUCAAUGAUCAGUUAUUUAGGCCUUCUGUGCCAUUUCUUAUCACAUUGAGUAUUCGGGAAAACCCACUGUGCUGUUUUCCAUUAUCAUUACUGGUCCCCACUACGUGGGACAUUUUGUCCUAAUAUAUAGCAAAAGGUAGCAAUUGGCCCCAUAUAUGCAGGUUACCAUUUAGACUAAAUAUGUACGCAAGUCCUUAAACGAAUGAUAAAGUGAUUUUCUCUCCAAAAAUAUGUUUUUAUUUCAGUUUGACUUUAAAUAUAAAUGCAAGGUAUCAACCAAAUAGUCACAAAUUGAUUGAAGAAUAUUGGAAUUGAGUUUUUAUAACAAAGUAAUAGCAAUAGUGCCUCAGUCCUAAAGCUAGGUAGCUAGUUAGCUAACUAGUUAAAGAUGCAGUACGUUGGAAUUGGCCACUUGUCAAAUUCAUAAUCAAAACAAAUGGCGAGAAUCAUGUCAUCAUAGUAAUUGCCGCGUACUAUAGCCGCCAUUAGCUAGUUAGCUCAAAUAACUAUGCAGCUAGCGGGUCCAGACCGGGAGCUCGGGACUAGGACGGGACAGGCCAGCUGGUUAGCAUGCUUACUUCAGUAGAUAUCUCUGCACCACAAAACACAGACAUCAUAAUGUUUACAUUUCUAUUUAUUCCAACCUUUAAUGUGUUGAAUUGAUUUUUGAAUGAUGUUAAAAUCCAUGUAUAUUGACCCUUUCAAUGAUGAAAUCACAGUGAGCAAUUUCCCCCCAGCUGAAGCAGAGGCUUUUUCCCACAAUGUGUUAAUCGUUCAGUUGUUGGUGCUGACACAAAAUGAUUUGGGUAUAUUAUAUCAUGUGGCAUAGGAUGCUUUUUCAGUUUAGGUGGGAGCGGAAUGGAUUACAUUUUUAAUUUAGUCCUGUUUUCCUUCUUAACUGCACCUCACGUUGUUUCCUCUCUUCAGCUUAAACUAUGUCUUUGAACAGCUGUGAAAUGACAUGAGAUGACAUCUUUUGUACAGACUCACAAUUUUUUGAAUGUAUUUAUUUUUUAGUCAGAAAUAGAAUCAAAACAUGGAGGUGCUAAAGCUUAUUGGCCUGUGUGUCAUUUGGUUGUGACUGGCAGGUGCUAACCUUAAAAACCUGAGGUCAGAGCUACUACGUUGUAGUAGAGCCCCCAAAGUGUUGUGCAUUGUGAACUAAAACAGAAGAUCCCCAACUCUACAGUUUUGUGUAUCAUCUUGAACAAGACAGUGGCUAACAGGUUAGGUUCAGGUGUCAUCUGGGCUCAGUAUCGUCUCAGCGCUAGGCCUUAAGAAUGUUAUGUUGUCUAAAUGUUCAGUUGAAUGCUAGUAGCCUUACCAGUAGCUAAAUGGGUCAUCGUAGUUGAGAAUAUGUUGUGUCCACUCUGCUUUGUGAAACGUGGAAAAUUGAAACUGAAGUCAUUGAAACAACAGUUGCUGCUAAAAAAUACAAUAAUAUGCUAAUAAUAUUACAAUAACAGACCAGUACAGUAGCCUGGCGAAGGAGGAAAAGGUUCAUGUUAACAGUAUACAUGAACACUAUUAACAGUGACACCUUGUGCCAUGUUAUUCCACAUAUAUAUUAUGCAAACAUUUUUUUUUCAUGUCUGCUAGUAAAAUGCAACAUUUAUGUUUAAUAUUGUACAUGGUGCCUCUUAAAACAAAGAGGAAUUAAAAUUAAGAUAGACUUGUUUUACAACCAGCCAUCAUUGAAUCCAAAGCAUUCAUGCUAAAACAAAAUGUGUGAAUUCAUUCGUUUGUUUGCUGUUCUCAUUAAGAUUUAACAAGGUCCUCAAUACAAGAUUAAAGCUGACAGGUGAAUAAUGACUUUGAGCAAUAUGCUGUUUUCAGCAGACUAAAUCAGACUAUUAAUAUUAGGUAGAGAUAGAGAUGAUACUCAGGUCAUUUGGUCCAAGACUCAAGCAAGUAAAGCCAAGUCAAGUCACAGGUUGUGUCAGGACACAGCAGUCCUAAACGCAGUGUCUGGUGAGAGAAAUGAAGAGAAAAGAAACAUUUUUGUUCCAGUGUACCAAAAGAAUGACAAAUAAUUUAAUUUGUAUAACGUUUGGUAUUCACUAAAUACAUGUAAUCAAACAAAUACAGAAUACAAUUAUGAAAGCUUUUUUUUCUCACUUCUUUCUCGAUGAAAAAUAUUGCCUCCACGUCACUGAGAUAUUGCCAGAUAGACAAAAAAAACAAAACAGGAAAUUUAAAACAUGAACACAGAAUUUAUUCAAGUCACCUGUCUAAAGACACGUCACGGGUCUUAAACUUGUGUAAAGUGAAGCUAAAAGUAAUCAAAACAGUGACCCAAGUCGACUCAAGUCCAAGUCACAAUGACUUGAGCCAUAUCUCUGAGCAGCUGGCGUGGUUUAAUCCCGUUGGAGCUCAUUCCACCUAUCUGAUGGUAGCCGUCAUAGUAGCCUGGUGGUGAACGUGUACAGUAUAUCCAGUUAUCCCGACAGCACACGGAUGCACAUAAAUGCUUAGUUCUCUUGUCGAGAUCUCAUCAUGAAUGUCUUUGCAUGAGGAUAAUGUCACAUAUAAAAAUGUGUGUGUCCAUCUGUCAGAUUGUGUCCAGGUUCACUGGUCCCACUGUGUUUCCUAGUGAUUUGUGUCUGUGCCCAGCUGUAAAGGGUUUUUGACCUUAGUCCCUGUCAGUGUAUUUGAUCAGCCUAAGCCUCAGCCAAAUUGAUAUCAAGAUAUGAAGGUUUAACUUUCUCCAUCAAUUUCCUUGACUUGUGAAAUGUCUUCAUUGUUCUUCUGAACUUGCUUUUUGGCUAUUCAGUGCUUUCAAAUAAUUCAUGCAAGUUUUGAUAUUGUUGGAAAUAAAGAAUGAAUAUCUCUUUUGCCCUUCAUCUCUGUUGUUUCAAAUAAACCAUUUCUUCAUAUA